GCAGGGAGAUGGGACAUGGUAAUCCACAGUGAGAUGUUGGAGACCUAGACCAGGGCAUCUGCAGAAAAGGUGAUGAGAAAUGGUCUACUUCUGGACAUGUGUUGAAGGAUUCUGCAGUUUUUAAGCAGCAGCUUCUGCUGGCACGGCCAUUACAGAUGUCCUCCUCACAGGUGGAGAUCAUGCUUUGUGCCCCGCACCUAUGGUAAGAAGAGCACAGCACGUUCGGCCCCACAGAGUUAAGAGGAAGAUCUAUGAGGCAUGAAGCCUUCGAUCAGGGUUGGAAGAAAGUAAAAUGAAUGCAGUGAUAGCAGACUGCCACUAAGACCCAUGGACAAUGCUACACUCACACUUCUCUAUCGAACUUUAAGAUUAACUAGUAAUAUGCUACCUUUGCGAGAUGAAAAGAAACUAAUGCCAAGAAGGCAUAUUCUUCAGUAUUUGGAAUAGACGUGCUCUCAAGACCAUGGCUUCAAAGGUGUCCUGUCUAUAUGUUUUGACAGUUGUGUGCUGGGCCAGCGCUCUCUGGUACUUGAGCGUAACUCGUCCUACUUCUUCCUACUCUGGCUCCAAGCCAUUCAGCCACCUAACAGUUGCCAGGAAAAACUUCACAUUUGGCAACAUAAGAACUCGACCUAUAAACCCACAUUCUUUUGAAUUUCUUAUAAAUGAGCCCAACAAAUGUGAGAAAAACAUUCCUUUCCUUGUUAUCCUCAUCAGCACCACCCACAAAGAAUUCGAUGCCCGCCAGGCCAUCCGAGAGACAUGGGGGGACGAGAACAGCUUUAAAGGGAUCAAGAUCGCCACGCUGUUCCUCCUGGGCAAGAACGCCGAUCCUGUUCUGAAUCAGAUGGUGGAGCAAGAGAGCCAAAUCUUCCACGACAUCAUCGUGGAGGACUUCAUCGACUCCUACCAUAACCUUACCCUCAAAACAUUGAUGGGGAUGAGAUGGGUGGCCACUUUUUGUUCAAAAGCCAAGUAUGUCAUGAAAACAGACAGUGACAUUUUUGUAAACAUGGACAAUCUUAUUUAUAAACUACUAAAACCCUCCACCAAACCAAGAAGGAGGUAUUUUACUGGCUAUGUCAUCAAUGGAGGGCCCAUCCGGGACGUCCGCAGCAAGUGGUACAUGCCCAGGGAUUUGUACCCUGACAGUAACUACCCGCCCUUCUGUUCGGGGACUGGCUAUAUCUUCUCAGCCGAUGUGGCUGAACUCAUUUACAAGACCUCACUCCACACAAGGCUACUUCACCUGGAAGACGUCUAUGUAGGACUGUGUCUUCGCAAGCUGGGCAUUCAUCCUUUUCAGAACAGUGGCUUCAAUCACUGGAAAAUGGCCUACAGUUUGUGUAGGUACCGCCGAGUUAUCACUGUGCAUCAGAUCUCUCCGGAAGAGAUGCACAGAAUCUGGAAUGACAUGUCAAGCAAGAAGCAUCUCAGAUGUUAGGGUUUUUACCAGUGUAAAUACAUUUCUUUUUUAAGAAACGGGGCUUGGGUGUUGGUAUUUUACAGGUGUCACCAGGAGAAGUGAACUGGUGAAGGGGUUUUGUAAAAAGCAUUUUCUUCCCGCUCCUAGUUCCUUUCUUGGAUUGCCAAUUUACAAGCAUUAGGCUCCGAUCAUAGAAACAAUGCAUAAGUGAGAAGGGUCAGAUUUUAUUCUCAGGUCCUAAGGCCUUGCAUUUAUCUCAAAAAGCAACUUCCUACCAACUGCUAGGAUUUCCAUACUGUGCGUCUGAGGUACAAAUCUGGUUCUGGGAAACUGAAACUCACAGUAAAUGUCUUCAUUGCAUCUCUGCAGAAGUAAAGAAAUAACUCUUUUUCAAAAACAACUCAGAAGUAAUGCACAGUUAGGGAGACACACUGGAUGCGAAUGAUUAGUAUUGUGUGUGCUGUUACAUUGAAUUUUUACAUACAUUACCACAUCAUGUGUACAGUAUCUGUGGUUCCAACAAGAAAUGAGCUUACUAGUAGUACUUGCAGGGAGGCUGCAGUUAAAUAAAUGGAAGUUUAAACUUAAGAAUCAAAUACUUUGUAUGUUUGGAAGAUGAUUUUGCUUGCUCAUCAAACACACAUGACCUGUGCCUCCAAGGAGAUUUUGCCAGAUGUCAUCAUUUCUGCUACCCUCCACAUCAUGUAGCUAAGUGCAUUUUAUAGUUUCUGUCUCAGGCAGGCACAUGUGUAGAAAUAAGUUGGUGGGAGGCCAGAAGAACAAUAAAUCACACAGAGAAAAUACAAAUUUAUAUAUGCAUUAUAAUUCACAUAAGCUUAGCAAUAGUAUAAGAUGUCCUUCCCACACAUUUGCAAAGUACAUGAGAAAAAUCUUUUAGCAGAUACCAAGUUAUUGAAUGAUUUAGCCCUACAGCUAAGAGGUAUAAUACUCUCUAAUAUUCGAACAUCCAAGUACCUCUAUCAUCCUUGCUGAUAGGAAUGUUCUGAAGGCUCUGUAAUUGGGGUUCAUGGGAAAGAAGAGGGGGAAGCUUGAGUUCAAGUUCUACUGAUGCCAUAAUACAGUUGGGUCAUGUAAGCACCUUAUUGUGCUUCAAAUACGCUCAUUUAUAAAAUGGCUGGGGAAAAAACACCUACCUCACAGGUGCUGUGAGAGCAAAUCUCAUUUGCUGAGUAUUUUGAGAUCCUUGGUUUAAAAGGUGCUAUGUAAUGCAACAUAUCAUGCAUUAUGCUAAAUGCUAAAAUGAUGGUCAGAAGUAUUAGUCACAUCAUUUUAAUAUAAAUCUGCCAAAAUAAAGAUUAAAUAUGAACUGUUAUUGCACCUGAUUCUUCUAAAACUUUUCCUUGGAGAUGUUAAUUGUUUGUGGAAGCUUCAAUUUCUCUGUCAUUUAUUCUGGUUUCAAUGAAUAAGUUACUAUUUCAGUACAUUGCCCUGAUCUCCCAGGAGGCUGAAAGGGAAGGCAGCUGGCUUUCUUUGGGGAGGAGCCUCUGGCGAGGGGUAUAUUAGAGCAAUUGAAGCACAUGCUUUGCAAAAUGUAUCACAGCAACUUAGAUCUCAGGAACUGUGAGGAUCAGUGGAGCUAGUCCACUUCUAUGGGAAGAAUAGGCCCUCGGCAAACCACGCGUUCCACGUCUGUCACUCAGUAGAAAGCUUUGUUUUCUUUCAAAUGAAGGCCCACAACUGAAAGAGUAUAUCUUUUUUUUAAUAUGACCUUUGGAAGCCCCCCUAAGAGUUGGUAGCAAACAGGUAGACAAAAUGAAUAAAUGGAAGUCAUGGCCUAUUUACUGAAAACACUGGAUCGCUCAUCCCCAGCCCCAGAAGAACCCAAUGUGAGACAGGCCUCCCGGUCCCUUACUAGAUCUUCAUCUUACAGUCAUCAGAACCGUAAGAACUGGGGAGAGAUGGAUUAGCACAGGUGAGCCACCCUCCAACCGCACCUUUUGACUGCUGUGAGUUCCAGUCACUGCAGAGGUCUCAUGACUUUGUACGUGGUUCACCUUUCAGUUGUGUGGCCGAGUCAAGCCUCUGUCUCAUACUACCGUCUUGCAUUCACCUUAUGCUGACUCAAGUCACCAUUGGUGUCAAGGAAUUACGUGCUAUAAACAUCAUAUAUGUACAUCUAUCAAUUGGGGUGUGUGUGUGUGUGUGUGUGUGUGUGUGUGUGUGUGUUAUGAACAGAGCCCUAAUCUUUAAAAGGAGCAAAAAUCAGAAAAUCAUGUCUUAAAGAACUAUUUCCUAACUUUUUUAUGCUAGGUAGUGCCCAUGUGACAAACAUGUAAAUAUUCAUCAAAGACCGUAUGUAUAUAUUUUAAAGGCAUUUUUUUCUCCUCCCCACCGUUACGCAUAGCUAGAAUGUGCUUGCUGGGUACAUUUUCUUCUGCAUGGAGCUUGGUGAGGCAAGGCCAUUUGUCCAGUUGCAAUAGCGUAAAGCAUGUUUGCCCUUUGUUUUUUGAAUGUUCAAAAAAUGUUUAAGUCAAAGUGAUCAGAAAAUGCUCUAAUUUUCUACUUUUGUUAAUUUUGUCACUGUCCAAAUUAUGGUUUCGGUUAUUUGUGAUGCCAUUUUUUAAAAAAAUAUUAUCAUUUCUCUGAUAUAAAAUAAUAUUUCAGACAGUAUUAUACUUGGAGUCAUUCAGACAGUUUUUACAAAAACCUUCUUACUGUCCCCAUACAUUUUUUUUUUCGUGUUGCAAUGUAUAACAAAAGGUAUUAAUGAUUAGUGUCUAUAUUCUUACAUUUUCUUUCUUAAAUUUAUUUUGGGAAAAAAAUUUAUCUUUGGUGACUAGAUUGUGUGGCUUUGUGUCUUCUUAUAUUGACUCAAAUGCCAGUUUCAAUAUAUAAUAUUGUAUUUUUAAAUACUAGAAUAAAAAUGAAGGUCAUUUUUUAUUUGGAUUAAAUUCAGAAGAAGAAAAAAAACACCUCUUUGUGUGAUAUGAUAUAGGGACAACAAACUCUUUACAGAGAUGCUAAGGAAGGAGUUUUUCAAUGAAAUCUCUUCUAUCAAAAGACAAUUGAACAUUUACAUAAAACGCCUGGGAUUCAUUUUCUACCUUUCCUAAUAUGUGGGUUUAGUGGGGGGAUUGAUGAUGUGAUUUCUUCGGUAAAGGUGAAGAUAGUUUUUAUAAGCAAAAACGUAACUUGUGAAUGGAAGAAGUAAUUUACUAGAAACACUUGUUGAUGAUAAUUGACAUUUAGGUAUAUUGUUAUAUAUGAAUGAUUGUAUUUAUGUAUUUAUUUGUCAAAAUUGUACAUACUAUUUCGCCAAAUGUAAUUGUCUGUAAAAGUGCACUCUCCAGGUUUGUAGUACUGUUUAGGGUUACAUGGGUUGCCAAUCAAGCUGCUAAUCAGAAUACUAUUUUUUGUAUCAAUGUCAUAAAACUGAAAGUGACAAAUAGAUACUGACGAUGUCUUUACAUUCAGUUUCUUCACCUUCCUCUUGAAAUGUAAACUGUGGAUUGAAAGCACGAUGCUAAUGUGUAAGCCCAUCUGUCCUGAGGAAUAUUAUGGUUCCAUAAAGCUGAUUUUUUAAACCAUUGGGAUAAAUAAACAGAAG